AUGCGUAUAGCUGCCUCAAGCAUGAUUCAUUCUCAUAGUGUAUCUAGUGACCUACAUGGUAUUCAACUUGAUCCUGUAGUAGCUGAUAUUCUUAGGAAAGAUCCAGAGCAUGAAACUUUUGUACGACUCAAAAUAUCCCCAACUGGUAUUCCCCCUCUUCCUGCCUUGGUGAAAACUUUUCCUAUUCCUAAGUCUCUUGUUCUUCGUGUUGAUGAGCUCACCAGGAAUGUGAAUGAAAAUCAUUUAAGAGAAAUAUUCAGCAACUUUGGUGAAGUUGUACAUGUGCAGCUAGCAAUGGAUCAUACUGUUAACCUUUUGAAAGGGUUUGGAUAUGUUGAGUUUAAGAUGAGAGUUGAUGCUGAAAAAGCUCAGUUACACAUGGAUGGGGGUAUGGUUUUACUAACACGCGAAAUUCGUUCUCGUUCAAGGUCGAUCUCUCCACGGAGGGGCCGAGCACCAGGUGCUAGACAUGGGAGAUCAUCAUCCAACUCCUCUCCUAGCCCAUGGAAGGUCUGUCUCUGUGAUGUCUGUGAAGUUUUGAUUAAAAUUACGCAGUCGAGGAUCUAAUGUGGCUUAAUCUAUUCCAAUCAUGACAAGUAGCCCAUAAAAUAUCAAGAAGUCAUACUCCUAGACGGUAAUUAUAGCAUAAAUGAUAGCUUUUAGAGAUUUGCAACUAAGUGUGAAUGUGUGGUGAAGAGAUGGACACAUUGAGUGAGGAUAGGGAGGCUUGGAAGGUGAAGAAACCAAGAAAAAUGUAAUUUGGAUAAAAACCUUCCGGAAGGUUUGGCCAUAUUCUGGAAGGUUUAGCUCACUGGUUUCACAAGGUCUUGACAUAGUACCGCUGUUUUUUCCAUGCUUAACCAUGAUCUACUUCGAAUCUG